AUGGAAUCCCCAAAGCAUCUGUUCGUCAACCUCACGCAGGACCCCAAAACGGCAAAGGAGGUCCGGACGUACGUGAUGCAAGAUAUAGGCAAAGCGCGGCGAAAGACGAGGAAGAAUGCGCGGGUUCCGCUGGAGUUGCGCUCGUCUCUACCGCCACUGAUGCAGUCGAGGCUUGACAUCACAUCUUUGACAAAGCCUAGCAGUUCUACGGGGCGGGGUUUACAGGGCGAGUAUCUGGAGGUCGAGUCUCACACCUCAGAGCGCUCCGUCGCCGAGUCGGUUUAUCUCGUCCUUUCUGGAAUCAAAACCCACUCCAAGUCCUUGACGACGGCUGGGGCAUGGACCGCAUCAUGCAGCUACGCAGCUCUCUCACAACGGCAGCAUAUGCGUGAUGCUGUCGCCCGCGACUUUGGCAAGGGGAUGUCGAUCUGUCUGCGCCGGUGCGAGAGCGGGCUGCGCGGCAUCAACUCUUCGAUCGCCAGCAUGAGUCCCAGGCGAGCUUAG